AUGACACUACCUGAAUCUAAAGACUUUUCUUAUUUAUUUUCGGAGGAAACCAAAGCUCGUAAACCAUCUCCAUUGAAGACCUGCAUCCAUCUUUUCCAUGACCCUAAUAUUGUCUUCUUGGGUGGUGGUUUGCCAUUGAAGGACUAUUUCCCAUGGGAUAAUCUAACCGUUGAUUCGCCCAAACCACCUUUCUCUCAGGGCAUUGGCGCUCCAAUUGACGAGCAGAACUCUUUGAAAUACACUGUCAACAAGGACUACGCUGAUGCAGGUGCUAAUCCCUUUCACGAUAUUCCAUUGUCGAGAGCUUUGCAGUACGGGUUCAGUGCAGGUCAACCUGAAUUAUUGGAUUUCAUUAAAGAGCACACUAAGAUCAUCCAUGACAUAAAAUACAAAGAUUGGGACGUCAUUGCCACUGCAGGUAACACUAACGCUUGGGAAUCUACUUUGAGAGUUUUUUGUAACAGAGGAGACGUCAUCUUAGCCGAAGCCCAUUCUUUUUCAUCUUCUUUGGCUGCUGCUGAAGCUCAAGGUAUUAUUACCUUCCCUGUACCAAUUGAUGCUGAUGGUAUCAUCCCUGAAAAAUUGGCAAAAAUUAUGGACAACUGGACUCCUGGUGCUCCCAGACCAAAAUUAUUAUACACUAUCCCAACGGGCCAAAAUCCAACAGGGACUUCUAUAGCUGAUGAUAGAAAGGAAGCAAUCUACAAGAUUGCUCAAAAGCACGAUUUCUUAAUUGUGGAAGACGAACCUUACUAUUUCCUACAAAUGAACCCCUACAUCAAAGACUUAAAGGAGAGAGAGAAGGCUCAAAGUUCUCCAAAGCAAGACCAUGAUGAGUUUUUGAAAUCGUUGUCCAAUACUUUCCUUUCCUUGGACACUGAAGGUCGUGUCAUAAGAAUGGAUUCGUUCUCGAAAGUGUUGGCUCCAGGAACAAGAUUGGGGUGGAUUACAGGUUCAUCCAGGAUUUUGGAACCUUACUUCAGUUUGCAUGAAAUGACUAUUCAAGCUCCAGCAGGUUUCACACAAGUCUUGGUCAACGCUACACUGUCUAGAUGGGGCCAAAAGGGUUAUUUAGACUGGUUACUUGGUCUACGUCAUGAAUACACUUUGAAACGUGAUCGCGCCAUUGAUGCCCUUUACGAAUACCUACCACAAAACGAUACCUUUGUUAUCAACCCACCAAUCGCAGGUAUGUUCUUCACCGUGAACAUCGAUGCCUCUGCUCAUCCUGAAUUCAAAACAAAAUACAAUUCGGAUCCUUACCAGUUGGAACAAACUAUGUACAAGAAAGUUGUCGAGAAUGGUGUUCUAGUGGUGCCUGGUUCUUGGUUCAAGAGUGAGGGUGAAACGAAACCUCCUCAACCUGCUGAAUCUAAAGAGGUCAGUAACCCAAACAUUAUUUUCUUCAGAGGUACUUAUGCUGCUGUCUCUCCAGAAAAAUUGGUUGAAGGUAUAAAAAGAUUGGGUGAUACAUUACAUGAAGAGUUUGGUAUUGCCAAAUAG